AUGGUCGCUGACGAAAAGAAAUUGGAUAUUCAUUCCAGUGUCGGAGAAUCAUCCGAACCAUCUCAAGACUAUGAAGAACAUGUCGUAUUGAAGAAGCAUACAGAAGCUGAAAUAGAAGCCUCUGGACAAUGGUAUGAUCAAAAGAAAGGUUUUGGUCCAUUUAAAUUUAGAUAUUCUAGUUCAAUGUCUCAAAUUGUUAUGCUUGCUUUCGUAUUAUUCAUGACUUCUGGUAUGUAUAAUUCCCUUUCCGGUAUUGGGGCUUCUAUUUCAGAUGUUAAAACUUCAGACAAUGCUACUGUCGCCUUAUACUCCACAUUUGCCUCCAUUGGUUUCUUUGGUGGUACCAUUUGUAACACUAUUGGUGUUAAGCCAUCUUUAAUCUUUGGUGGUUUUGGUUAUGGUUUAUAUGCUGCAUCCUUAUUCUGUUUCUCUAAAGUUGAAAACAAAGGUUUCGUUAUUUUUGCUGGUGCUUUCUUAGGUCUUUGUGCUGCUGUUUUAUGGGCUGCUCAAGGUACUAUUAUUAUGUCUUACCCAACUGAAGACAUGAAAGGUAGAGCUAUUAUGAUUUUCUGGAUCAUUUUCAACUUAGGUGCCGUUAUUGGUGCCCUUGUUCCAUUAGCCAAUAAUGUUGAAAACAAAGGUACUGCUGUUUCUAAUACUACUUUUAUUGUUUUUAUCGUUUUAAUGUUGUGUGGUUCAGUUAUUGCUUCCUUUAUGUUACCAAUGGAAAAAGUUUGGAAAUCAGAUGGUACUAGAGUCAUUACUCAAAAGCAUCCAGACUGGAAGAAGGAAUUAAUUGGUUUAGGUAAGUUAUUACUUAAUGAACCAAUUAUUGUUUUAAUGUUCCCAAUGUUCUUUGCCUCUAACUGGUUUUAUACUUAUCAAUUCAAUGAUUUUAAUGCUGGAAGAUUCAAUGUUAGAACUAGAUCAUUAAAUUCCUUAUUAUACUGGUUAUCUCAAAUGGUUGGUUCUUCAUUUAUUGGUACUAUUUUAGAUUUAAAACGUUUUAGAAGACCAACAAGAGCUAAAAUUGGUUGGGUUAUUAUUUUUGUCUUAUCCUUAGCUAUCUGGGGUGGUGGUUUGAAAUUUGCUUUAGCUUUCACUAGAGCUGAUGUUACUUCUUCUGAUCCAAAUGUUCCAGCUAAAUUAACUCCAAUUGAUUACACUGAUGGUGAUUACAUUGGUCCAAUGUUCCUUUACAUGUUCUAUGGUGCUUUUGAUGCUAUUUUCCAAUCUUAUAUUUUCUGGACUCUUGGUGCUUUAUCUAACAAUCCAAAGAAGACUGCUUUAUACGCCGGUUUCUAUAAAGGUAUUCAAUCUGCUGGUGCAGCUAUUGCUUGGAGAUUAGAUGCUUUUUCUGUUCCAUAUAUUGCCAUGUUUGGUUCAGCUUGGGGUUUAACCAAUGGUUCUUUAUUAAUUGCUGUUCCAUUAAUUUUCUUCAAGAUUACUGAUCACACUUUUGCUGAAAACGAUGGUGUUGAACAAAUCAUUGCUGAUUCUGAAUUAACUGUUAUUAAGUCUAAUUCUGAACAUGUCGAAAAGGCUUAA